UCUAGCCUCACCACCAUGGUAAGACCCGUUAAUUAGAAUGUAAGAGUGGAGUCGUGAUGUAAGAAAAGCCCCAUGCAUUGCUUUUAAACAUAUAUGCCAAGACUUUUGUCUCUCUACCUUGCUUUCCCAAUCACUACCAUGCAAGCCUCGAACACAUUCAAGCAAGCCUUCCUCAAGCGCAUGCUCCUGGGGCUUCAGCUAGCUGGUGUCUCAUCCAAGUGUAUGACCAUCCAAGAGAGAAAGAGUGCCAUCAAGCUCUCGGCCGAUGUCGCCAUGGCCUGCGCUAGAGGCAGCACAAAUUGGAGUCGUGCCAUCGUCACAGACCUUUCAAAACAAGAGAAGAACAAGGUCCUUCUGAGGAGCAUACUGGGCAAAGAUUUCGAGAGGCUAAUCAAGCCAUGCCACCACACAUGGAAGAUCCCGAGGAGUAAGAAGAUCUUAAAGAGGAGCUUUAGAGAGUGUUCUAGGAGGAGGAAGGGUCUACGUGCACCACAUGGCCUUGCAACAAGUGUUCUUGCUAGGGUUUUGGUGAAGAAGAGGACUCAGGUGCUCAAGAGACUCAUACCAGGUGGUGAGUAUUUGGAUGGCUCCUAUUUGCUGGAUGAGACUUUAGACUAUGCCAUCUCUCUCCGAGCUCAGGUUGAUCUCAUGCAGCGCCUUUCAAAAGCCUUUGAAGCCUCAAAACUCGGAUCUCAUAACGUAUGCACGUUGCAAGCAAGAGGGGAUUCAUAUGCUGACAAAUGAGGAUUUCUGAGAUGCCUGCCUUUGGGACUCCGAAAACCAGAAGACAAAGCAACUCGAUCUGGCCCAACAAAGGUUUCAAAGCUUGCAGCAUGGAAGGAAAAUUUAUGUAGCUUAGCCCGUUAUUGCUACUGAAGAGGGUGAAGCUUAUUUAUGUUGGUUUCUACAUAAAGACCAAACCGCAGAAAAGCAUGAGCUUGGGUUGGUUAAUGAUAUUGUAAGAUUGCAUUGUGAAAGAAGGAUGUUAGGGUUUCCAAAGCUUCGGAUCGCAUUUCCAUGUUUAUGGUAUUAUUAGCUAAUAAAUUUAGGAUUGCA